AUGCAUCCGUACUACCACCAUCAUGGAUACUCCUGGGGCGGAUACAAUCGCCAGGAUAUCUAUGGAAUGCCAUGUACAUCCGGGACCUGGUCGGGCUCCUGCAGCUCUUGCGUGAGCCUUUAUGGCGGUUCCUCUUGCAACGUGAUGAUGUCGCCAAAGAUCGACGCCGCGAGGGACGACCUCAUGAACACGGGCUUCGCGCCUGCGCAGGUGGCCUGGCCCAUCACCGUCACGAUCACGCACCUCUCCGGGCCGGACUUCACCCCCUCCCUGAUCUGCCCCCCACAGAAUGGAACGGGAGACUGGCAGCCACCGGCGAUGAAGCAGCUUUUCUUGACCCUCACGGCCUUGGGCGAGAGAACAGGUGCGGACGCAUAUGUCAGCGGCCACCAG